AUGCAAAAGGAAUCUCAAAGCAACAUAAAAGAGACUCACAAUGAUGUCAAAGAGAUGAAGAAGACAAACGAGAUUCGAGAUAAAGCACAUGAGGCAUUGGCAAAGCAAGUGGGCCAACUUGCUCAAGAGAUAGCUCAAGUGAGAGGAAGCAUGGGAAAGCUUCCAAGUGACACUACAGUGAACCCGAAGCAUCAAGGUUUUAGCACAAGCAACGUGAGGGAUGCACGCGUUAGCUCGGUAAGUAUUCUUUUAAAUGAUGAAGUUUGUAGUGUUGAAAACAUUCCACCACCACAAUUCGUUGAUGGUGUAGUGGAAAAUAUAGGUAAGGAGUCGGAAAGUGAAAAUGAACACGAAACGAUUUCACAAAGUAAAAAUGAAAACGUAACUAAAAAUUCUUUUUGUGAAAAUUGUUUAAAUCAACUUAACCUGCUUAAUGCAUCGAAAAGUGAAGAACGGUGCCCACCGAAGGACGAGGGGUGGGAAAAUUUUAAGCAAGCUAAAAUUAAUUUACCGUUACUAGAUGACAUUAAAAAGGUUCCGGCUCAUGUGGAAUGCUUAACGGAGUUAAGCAUUGAAAAACGGCACAACAAAUUACCCAAACCGGUUGAUUUGAUAUCUCAUGUGAGUGCCGUUUUAUCGAGUGCCCUUCCCCCAAAAGCUCAAGAUCCGGGAGAUCCUCUUAUUCCAAUUCAAAUUGGAACAUUUAAAAUUGAGAGGGCACUCCUAGAUCUUGGAGCUUGUGUGAGCAUCUUGCCCGGGAGUUUGUAUGACCAAUAUGAUUUUGGUCCAUUAAAAAAUUUUGAUACUCCCGUGGUAUUGGCCGAUCAGACUCCCACGUAUCCAAGGGGGAUGGUGGAGGAUGUGAUUGUUAAGGUGGAUGAUUGCUACUACCCAGUUGACUUUUUGGUAGUAGACUAUGUUGGGUGUGUUGGGGACACCCAACCGAUAGUCAUACUGGGUAGGCCGUUCCUGGCAACUGCUAAUGCCAUAAUAAAUUGUGCAACGAGAACAGUAAGUAUGAAGUUUGGGGACCAGGAAUUAAAUUUAAAUGUUUUUCCAAAAUUUACUAACCCACUCGGUGAGGAUAAGUGUCCUAAAAAGGACAUGAAUCCAAACAAAAAGGUUAGUGCUAUGGUUGGUUUAAUGGAGUUUAAGGGCUUUUCGGGAGCUUUACAGGCCACCGGGAGCAAACGGGAUCAACCGGGGAUGUGA